AUGCAACGAGGUGGUCGUCCAAAACAUAGUUUUUGGGAAGAAGGAGGAUUUAAAAGUAUUCGCCAAAACGGCAAACAAGUUGCGUCAUGUUUACGGUGUAGCAAAAUUAUAAACAACACUGCUGAACAGCGAUUAAAAAGUCACAGAAAAACGUGUAUAUGGGAAGUUGAGAAUUCUAAUAUUGAUGACAGCAGCGAUGAUUCCGUAGUUCGACAUUUAUCAUUAAAACUUAAAAAUCGAUCUGGAAGUUAUGAAGAGAAUAAUAACUGUACUACUACUUGUAAUACUGAUGGAGUCAUCACAUUAUCAACCGUCAAAUUGAAGAAGAAUACGCCUAAAAUAAAUUCUUUUAUAGAUAAAAUAAGCGAGACUGAGCAUUCAAAAUUAGACGAAGCUUUAAGUUACUUCUUUUUUACAGCUUUAAGUAUAGAUAUAUAUGCUCAAGCAGUAGCAGACUGGGCUCGUGAAAAUGACCUCGAAAUAAAUUAUAAGAAGACCAAAGUCAUGAUCUUGGGAAGUAAACACAAAUUGAAAUUGCUUGAAAACUUUGAGCUACCUGAGAUCAUUAUAGAUGGCAAUGUAAUACCAUAUACAAAUUCAACCAAACAUCUAGGAGUCCAUCUUUCAAAUAAUCUUUCUUGGAAUAUGCACAUCUCACAGGUAUCACGCAAAGUUUAUGGUUCACUAAAUAGCGAACCAAAAUUUCUACGUGAUUUAUUUAUUGAAGAAGACCCUGUCAUCAGACGAUCGCAAAGAAUAGCCAACAGAAAUAAUAAUAUCACCUUUAAAAUAAUCAAUUUUGUUACUACAACCUACGAGCAUUCAUUUGUUAUGUCAGCUAUACGGUUUUGGCAAGAUCUACCUCCUGAAAUUUCAAAUUCUCUUGGUUUAGAAUCCUUCAAGACAAGAGUAUUCGAUUUUCUUAUAAAUCUUGAAUAA